AUGUCUUGCUCCAGCCUGUGCUAUCCAGAAUGCGGAGUGGCCCGUCCCAGUCCAGUGUCUGGCAGCUGCAAUGAGCCGUGCGUUAGGCAGUGCCCUGACUCUCAAGUGACCAUCCAACCACCAGCGGUUGUCGUAACCCUCCCAGGACCAAUUCUCAGCAGUUUUCCUCAGCAGAGUGAAGUGGGAGCUGUAGGAGCACCUGUGGUCGGAUCUGGCUAUGGAGGCUCCUUCGGUUCGGGGGGGUGGAACGGCUAUGGAGGCCAUUUGGGUGGAUUAAGUGGUUAUGGUGGACUGGGUGGUUAUGGGGGCCUAUGUGGUUAUGGGGGAGGUUAUGGUUACAGGGGAUUAGGUGGUUAUGGGAGCCAUUCUGGUUAUGGGGGACUGUGUGGUUAUGGGGGAGGUUACGGUUACAGGGGAUUAGGUGGUUAUGGGAGCCAUUCUGGUUAUGGGGGACUGUGUGGUUAUGGGGGAGGUUACGGUUACAGGGGAUUAGGUGAUUAUGGGUGCCAUUCUGGUUAUGGGGGAUUGGGUGGUUAUGGGGGACUGUGUGGUUAUGGGGGAGGUUAUGGGGGACUGUGUGGUUAUGGGGGAGGUUACGGUUACAGGGGAUUAGGUGGUUAUGGGGGAUUAUGCAGUUAUGGGGGAUACGGCCGUAAGUAUUGAGUUGGAUACUGUGGGCCCUGUUAAUCCCACACGAAUAUCCAUGAAAUAAAGGAGAAUAGACCCGACUUGUUCUAUCCUUUCCAACAAUAUGUAUCAUAAACAUCUCGCUUUGAAUUAUGCUAUGGCAGACAUGUAAUGGAGAA